AUGGCCAACACUGGCAAUAGCGCGCCCAUUGUAGUUCAAGUACCUUCAAACCUCCCUGUACCAGCGGCAUUGGAGUUGCGAGGCAAUCUUUGCUCGAACUGGAAGAAAUUCCGCCGAAUUUGGGACAAUUACGAAAUUGCAAGUAGUCUAAUCAAUAAAACCAAGGAGCUGAGAACAGCUACGUUACUAACGUGCAUAGGGCCCGACGCGUUACAAAUAUACGAUGGUCUUACGUUCGACAACAGCAGUGAUAAGACUGACAUAACCAAAGUGCUAGAGAAAUUUGAAAGAUUUUGCAUAGGGCAAACAAAUGAAACAUAUGAGCGGUAUCUGUUCAACAACAGAGCACAGGACCAAGGGGAGACAAUCGACGCAUACGUAGCGGCAUUAAGGUCACUAGCAAAAACAUGCAAUUACGGUACAUUAGAAGAGAGUCUUAUUAGGGAUAGAAUAGUCAUGGGUGUCCGAGAAAACGCGACAAGAAAGAAACUGCUGCAAGAUCAGUCUCUGACAUUAAAAAAAUGCAUAGACAUCUGUCGGUCUUUUGAGAAAUCAUUUCAACAUAUGAAAGACAUAACUAGUGAGGAAGUUAAGGCAUGUGGAAAGAAAGAAAGCAACCACUCUCAGUCACAGGAAAAAACACGGAACAGUGCAGGAACACACAAGAGACAGUCCCAGAAAUCCAUGAUAAGCUGUGAUGCAUGUGGUUUCCGUCAUGAUGAGGAGCGAUGUCCAGCAUGGGGAAAAGUAUGUGCAGCUUGCGGGAAAUUGAAUCACUUCGCAAAAAAAUGUAGGUCAAAACCUCGCCAAGGGUAUGGGAAUCAGAAUAGGAGGAACAGACCAAAGGUAUAUCAGCUGGAGGAAGUGAAUGAAAGCUCAGAUGAAGAGUUUAUAUUUACGGUGCAUAAGAAGGAUGUAAACUCAAUAAAACACGUUGGUCAGCCUAAUAAGAUUCACACUAUCAUUGACAUAAAUGGGGUGUUGGUAGAAUGCCAGCUGGACAGUGGAUCAACCGUCAAUGUGUUGCCUAAAUCAAAGUAUUUACAAGUGUUUGAUGACCCUCAAUUGGAAAAGUUGUCAGAGACGGACAUGACCCUAGUGAUGUUCAAUCAAUCAGAGAUGACACCAGUUGGAGUCAGACGAGUGCAGGUCCGUAACCCGAAAAACCGGAAAAAAUAUUCAGUGGAAUUUGUAGUUGUCGACCAAACAGUAAAGCCUAUCCUAGGAGCACGUGUGAUACAGGCCAUGAAUCUGAUUACUGUGAAUAAACAUAACUUAUAUCCGAAAGCUGAGGCUCCGAAGGAGGAAGUCCUACAGGCAUCAACAACCGACAACACCAUGUUUGAAGGACUUGGGAAGUUAGCAGGCAAACUCCACCUCGAGGUAGACCCCACUGUGCCACCUACCAAAAUACCAGUGAGACGAAUACCAGUGUCAUUGAAAGAUAGGGUCCAGGACGAACUGAUACGACUAACAAACCUUGGUGUGAUAACACCAGUUACCACCCCAACAGACUGGAUUUCAUCAAUUGUGGUGGUUAAGAAGCACAAUGGGAACUUGAGACUCUGUAUUGAUCCCAAACCGUUAAACAAAGCACUCAAGAGGAAUAAUUAUGCGAUGCCGACAAUUGAGGACAUUCUUCCAGAGCUAAACAAAGCACGACUGUUCUUAGUAGUGGAUGCCAAGGACGGGUUCUGGCAUAUUGAGUUGGAUGAGGAAAGCAGUUAUUUGACGACAUUUGGCACGCCAUGGGGCCGUUAUCGGUGGAUAAGAAUGCCUUUUGGUAUCUCCCCAGCGCCAGAAGAGUUUCAACGUAGGCUGGAUGAAGCACUGGAGGGUCUAGAGGGAACCAAGGCAAUACAUGAUGACAUCGUUGUGUUUGGAUGCGGUGACACUGACGCAGAGGCAAGGCAAGAUCAUGACCGGAAACUCCAUGCUUUGUUCGACAGAUGCCGCGAGAAGAAUAUCAAACUGAACAAGGAAAAAUUAAAGCUUUGUCUAAGUUCUGUCACAUACUUGGGCCACGUAAUCUCAGAAAGAGGUUUAGAAAUGGAUCCGGCGAAGGUCAAGGCCAUCACUGAGAUGCCCACUCCCAAGGACAAGGCAGGCAUACAACGUCUACUGGGAAUGAUCAAUUUUGUGCAAAAAUUCGCACCACGGCUGUCUGAGCUGACUUCUCCUUUACGCGACCUUUUGAAAAAGGACUCUGAGUUUGUUUGGGAUGAGGCUGUACAUGGCCAAGCAUUUAGUGAGAUAAAGGCAACACUAUCCGACACUCCGGUGUUGAGGUAUUUUGACCCAAAGAAACAGACAAUAUUACAGUGUGAUGCAUCGGAGUACGGGCUAGGAGCCUGCCUCCUCCAAGAAGGACACCCAGUGGGGUAUGCGUCAAGAGCGCUUACGGCUACCGAGUGCAACUACGCCCAGAUCGAGAAGGAGCUGCUAGCUGUGGUUUUUGGAAUGACAAAGUUUGAGCAGUACACAUAUGGAAACAAAGUGAUUGUCGAGUCUGAUCACAAACCUUUGGAGAUUAUCCACAAGAAGAACUUGUUCAGCACUCCAAAGCGAUUACAACGGAUGCUACUCAAUCUACAGCGGUUUGACUAUACAAUUAUCUACAAAAAAGGCACACACAUGUACAUGGCUGAUACAUUGAGCAGGGCAUUUUUGCCGUCAACUGAUGAAGAAAGGCGAAAUAUUAGUCACAACAUAGAAGUGGAACAGGUAAAUGGUGUAAAGCAUCUGGCAGUAUCACCCGAGACUUUGUGUAGGUUACAACGAGCCACCAAAACUGAUACCAAUCUUGCAGAGCUAAUGUGUGUCAUUCGCAGGGGCUGGCCGGACAGCAUGGAACAACUUUCUCUAGAAGUAAAAAAAUACUUCCCAUUUCGAGAGGAGCUAACGAUCCAGAACGGGUUGGUCUUCAAGAACGACCGUGUCAUAGUUCCAUUCUCGGAGCGCCAAAACAUGAUAGAAAGGGCGCAUUCCAGUCAUAUCGGCCUUCAGGGAUGCUUGCGAAGAGCGAAGGAGUCGUUAUAUUGGCCAAACCUGUAUUCAGAUUUUGAAAAACAUAUUCAGGCAUGCAAGACUUGCAAUACUUACUCAGCUGAAAAUAGCCGAGAGCCCAUGAUACCACACGAAACCCCGAAUCGGCCAUGGGAGAAAGUAGGUGUGGAUUUGUUCCAUACAGCUGGAAAAGAUUACCUUCUCACUGUGGACUACUAUUCUGAUUUUGUUGAGAUUGACCGCCUCCAUGACAAGAAGGGCAACGAGGUCAUCAGAAAGUUAAAGUCUCAUUUCUCGCGGUAUGGGUUACCAUGCAUAGUAAUGUCUGACAAUGGUCCACCAUUCAACGGAAAACAAUUCUCAGAUUUUUCGAAAGAAUAUGAAUUCCAACACAUCACUAGUUCACCAAGAUAUCCACAGUCCAAUGGUAAGGUGGAAAAUGCGGUGAGAACUGUAAAGCGAAUUCUGGAAAAAUCAAGGAAGGAUCGACGGGACCCUUAUCUUGCUAUUUUGGAUUGGCGGAACACGCCAGGAGAGAUAGUGAAGUCAUCCCCAGUGCAAAGACUGUACGGUAGAAGGACUAGGACUUUGCUUCCAUUAACAACGCCAUUAUUGGAGCCAAGCACAAUUCCUACGUCGGAGACAAGGAAAGACAUAAACCAAAGAAAAGGAAAAGAACAACAUUACUACAAUCGCGGCACUAAGGCGUUAGCUGAACUAAUGCCUGGAGAAACGGUCAGAAUGAAACCGACAGAACCAGGGAAGGAAUGGACUAAAGCCCGUGUAAAGGGAAAAGUCAACAUUCGAUCAUACAAGGUUCAAACUGAAGAGGGUUCGACUUAUCGGAGAAACAGGCGUCAUCUCCAUAAGACUCCUGAAGUUUUCACAGAGGAUGAUGGUCAGUUAAAUGCGACACCAGAAGGAGAUGUUCCAGACACACCGAAUGUCAACGAGGACCAGGCACCUCCCACUACUGACCAUGAGGAGCCACAUGCAGAGGUCACGCUCAGGAGGUCCAAUCGUGAAGUGAACAGACCGAAUUACCUGAAUGACUACGUGUGCAUCUUGAAUCGCGACCGAAAACAACAGUGA